AGAUUGUUUUUAAAAAAUUUAUUUGGCUUUGUGCCCUCUCUUUUAGGUCCUUCCAUUGUGACUCCCCCCAAGAACAUCUGGAAUGUCACUGGUGCCAAGGUGUACUUGAGCUGUGAGGUCAUCGGAAUCCCAACCCCUGUCCUCAUCUGGAACAAGGUAAAAAAGGACGAUAAUAGAUUUCACAGGACAGAACUCUUGCCUGGUGACCGGGACAACCUGGCCAUUCAGACCCGAGGUGGCCCAGAAAAGCACGAAGUAACUGGCUGGGUGCUGUUAUCGCCACUCAGUAAGGAAGACGCUGGAGAAUAUGAGUGCCAUGCAUCCAACUCGCAAGGACAGGCUUCAGCAUCAGCAAAAAUCACAGUGGUAGACAGCAUACAUGAAAUACCAGCGACUAAAGGUGAAAGUGCCAAGCUAUAAACCUGAAGAAUACAUUAGUCUGCAUAGCUAAACAUAGUCAUGGAUAACUACUACCCUGUUCUUGCCUAAUAACCAGUUUCUUUUCAUCCAGUCCACUAACACCUUAGUUAUAUUCACCGACUUUACACAAAGAUAACACAUCAAGACUAUCUACAAAAAUUUAUUACCUGUUUACAGAAGAAAAGCAUGCAUAUCAUCAAACAAAACAAAUA